CAUUCUCGGCAGGAGCCACAGAGGGAGGAGGAGGAGCGGCGGGGCGAGGAGCAGGUACCCGUGGGCCAUUGGCUGCCUUCCCGGCUCCGUGGAGAGGAAGAGGCGCGCUGGUUGCCAAGGGGAGGGGGCCCACCUUGUGCCCAGAGAGCGCCUUCCCCCCUCGCGGUAUCAGCCCAUCCAUAACUCUUCCUCAAAGCUCUUCCAAGAGGCGUCGUAGGGAAGCAUUGCCAUCGCUGCAGUGCCUGUGAAAUGAAAACAUGACAACUGAUGAGGCUACAAAGAAGGAAGGAGAUGUCCCAACAGCUACUCUUGUUGAACAAGGCGAGGACAUCACACCAACCAAGGAUCGAGGAGUUUUGAAGAUUGUGAAGAGGCCAGGAAAUAAAGAUGAAUCUCCAAUGAUUGGAGACAAGGUUUAUGUUCACUACAAAGGAAAGCUUGCCAAUGGGAAAAAGUUUGAUUCCAGCCGUGACAGGAAUGAGCCAUUUAUCUUCAGCCUGGGCAAAGGCCAGGUCAUCAAGGCAUGGGAUAUUGGGGUUUCCACCAUGAAAAAGGGGGAAAUCUGCCACUUGCUGUGCAAGCCAGAAUAUGCAUAUGGUUCUGCUGGCAGUGUUCCAAAGAUCCCCUCAAAUGCAACACUCUUCUUUGAGAUUGAACUGCUUGAUUUCAAGGGGGAGGAUUUAUUUGAGAAUGGAGGUAUCAUCCGCAGAAUCAAACAGAAAGGUGAAGGAUACUCCAACCCUAAUGAAGGAGCAGCUGUACAAAUCCAUCUGAAAGGAUUCUGUGAGGGCAGAGUGUUUGAUUGCAGAGAUGUUGCUUUCACUGUUGGAGAAGGAGAAGACCAUGAUAUUCCCAUUGGAAUUGACAAAGCCUUGGAGAAGAUGCAGAGGGGAGAACACUGCAUUCUGCAUAUCGGAGCUCAAUAUGGGUUUGGUGAAGCAGGGAAGCUUGCAUUUGGCAUAGGGCCAAAUACUGACCUUGUAUAUGAAGUUAUACUGAAAAGUUUUGAAAAGGCCAAAGAAUCCUGGGAAAUGGACACCAAAGAGAAACUUGAACAGGCUGCCAUUGUUAAAGAGAAAGGGACUGUUUAUUUCAAGGAAGGCAAGUACCUGCAAGCAGUGAUUCAGUACGGGAAGAUUGUGUCCUGGUUAGAAAUGGAAUAUGGCUUAUCGGAAAGGGAAUCUAAAGCUUCAGAAUCCUUGUUGCUAGCUGCCUUCCUCAACCUUGCCAUGUGCUCCUUGAAGCUGCGGGAUUAUACUAAAGCAAUUGAGUACUGCAAUAAGGCAUUAGCGCUGGACCAGGCCAAUGAAAAGGGCUUGUACAGAAGAGGAGAAGCACGGCUACUCAUGAAUGAAUUUGAGCUGGCAAAAUGUGACUUUCAGAGUGUGCUAGAAGUGAAUCCAGAAAACAAGGCAGCCAGAUCACAAAUCACCAUUUGUCAGAAGAAAACAAAGGAACACAAUGAGCGUGACCGAAAGAUAUAUGCCAACAUGUUCAAGAAGUUUGCAGAGAGAGAUGCAAAGGAGGAGGCCAGUAAAACCCCAGAAGAGCAGGAAGAAAAGGCAUCGUCUGAAAUUGAUCUUACGAAGACAGUGACAGAAGGCAAAGAGUCAGAGGGCCACGUAUGACUGUGCAGCAGAGAGACAAUCCUUCUGAAUUCGGCCUCCACUCAAACAGGUUUCUGAAGAACUCAGAAUUCAACAGUGUUUAUUGUAAAGCUUGUUACAGUAGGCGUUGUUGUGGAAGCAAAAGGGCCUAUACAGCACAGCUUCACAAGGAACUAUAAAACCAUCUCCGCUGCUCUGAGCAUGCUCAGCAGUGGAACAUGCACAGAAGGACAGUAUGGGACCACUCCACGUGGAACAAAUGGUUAAAAAUACAAAUACACACAAUGGUUCUUGGCUAUAGAAGAUUUUUACUGAAGCGGUUAAAGUACAUAGAACUCCUUUCAGUUUGCAUCUGUUUUCAAGGCAGUGACCAGGGUUCUAUCAAAUGAGUCAGCAUAUAUAGGAGCAGUCAGCUGUAUAAUUUUGGCAUUGCAUUUGAUUGUACUGUAGUAGCACCAUAUGGGUGUAUGUUGUCUGUGUUUUAAAAAAGAAAAAAGGCCUCAAGUGCCACCAACUCAAGGCAUCAUUUUAGCACUACUAGAACCAAGUGACAGCCAGUUGAAAGCCAGACUCCCGGGAUCUUGUUCCGUCUGUUUCGUAUAACCUAUGAUGUGUUUUUUUUUCUUGUAGCACAAUCUGGUUUCUCAGGGAACUGAGUAGUCCAAAUCACAUUAUUCUUAAAGUUUUGCUUGCUAGCAGGUCCCUGAGGGAGUGAUGAUUCAGUGCACCUGAAGUGCACCUGACAACAAGCUGCUGGAAGGAAAGGGCACUGGAGUCAGCUCCCUUCGUGUCACUCCUUCCAACAUCUGUUAAAUGUAGUCACUGGGGACUCUCAAACACUCAAGCGACUUGUUUCUUUUCAUGCUUUUGUCUUGAGGAACUGAGGCAAAUAUGGGCAGCAAAAGAUUUGGAUUUUGCGCUUAGUCCUUUUACGGACUAUUGGGAUGCCUUUUCUAAAAUUAUAUUACACCAAAUAACCACGAUUUUGAAAUUAGAGAAAAUACAAUUAACUCAACUAGCAAUGCAGUUAACUGCUUUUCCAUCACAGGGAAAUGAUUUUAAAAGUAAAUUUAUCAUUUGGCCAUAACAUUAUUUUUGCUCAUGUUAGCAUCCUUAUCUCAAAUUCUUGUUUGUAUUUCCUCCUAUGUUGCCAUCUUGUUAGUCAUUGUUUUAUCAAGCAGAAAGGAUCAAUUCUGGCAUACACACAAUCUUGAAGGAGUCAGAAUUGAUAUACUUUAAAGCAGAGGGCUUUUGCAAAUGAAUCCUAUCAAUCUCAAAACCAACAAUAGCACUGGGACACAUUUUGUACUCACUUCUAGAAAAAGAUAGUUUCAAUGUAAAUUGCAUUGAAAUGAAAAUGAACAUGCCCCAUUGAUUUAACUGGAACUUGUAGGCCUAAUUUUCCUCCUGAUUUGUUUACUGACCUGUGAUGGAACUUAAAACUCAUUCAUAGAAUAAGCAGCUAUAACUCUUGUUACAUUUUAGGGCAUUUUGUUUUCUUAUUUGUCAGAUGGGUAACACUGCUACAUUUUUACACCAAUUUAAUUUUUUAUUCUAAUUUUCAAAAGGGAAUUAACAAAUAAGUUUUUACUGUUGAUUUUCUUCACUGUUAAAAUAAUUUUCUUUUUUCUUAUUUCUACUUCUAAUGAUAGCAAAGUUUUCUGUUAUCUCUCCUUUCCACACUGCUGGUAUGUAUGAUCGCAAAAAAACAAAGAAAAGCCUUAAUCGUAACAUAUUGCAUUGAAAGUAUGGCACUGUUUACCCCAGCAAUACAGGGAUAUGCCCAAACAAUCACAUACUAGGAGACCAACAGCCAAUCUUGGCCCUCAAAACCGUUGUUAAUGCUGUUGUACACAAUGAAGUGUUGAGCAUUCUUUAUGUGCCCAGAUUACUGAACAGGGUGCUAUGAGAUGUAGGGAUAAUGUUAUGUUAGACAUGCGCUGAACAGUUAUUAUCAUAUCAUAAGUCAUAAUGUAAUAUGAACCAAAAUGACAAAAUAUGGAGGAAGUAAUUCAGAUUGCAAGACUUCUUUAUUUUUGAUCUCCAGGUUAGUAACAACAUUGUCCACAUGAAUUAUGAGAAAGCCUUAAAUCUAAUCCUAAUAAACUAAAAUGAGGUCAAGAUGGAUACACACACACACACAAAGUAAAUGCGAUGUGCCUCAUAUUGGAAUUCUACAAUGCUGGCAUCAUGUGAAAAAGGAGUUGACAUAGCACUCAACGCUCCUUUUUGCCUGUGUGUUCAGUUGUGUUUUAUUUGAAGGAAUGUGAAUGCUGUUAUCUUGUAGAUUGCAAAUGGAUAUAAUUUUAUGUCCGUCUUGGUGAAACAAAGGAUUUUCAAAGGCUCUCCCUAUGAUUUUACAAAUGAUGACUCUUCAGCUGCCAAAAAGAUGUUUCAUCUUCAGUAGACAGUGGUUUGGUAUGUGAAAACUUUUCUCUAGUAGAGGAAGAUCACUAACAUGCUACUCUAUUACUGUCCUUCAAAGGUCAUGGGGUAUCCAAAAUGUGUUCCAAAUGUUGUAUCCUUGUGCACUGUCUCUCCAUGAAUAUGCUUCACAUCAGAGUGGUCCUAAUGAUGUCAUGGAAUAGGAAUCUUGUUGGAAUCAGUCAGACUGUUUGAGAUCAUCACCAUAACCAAAGCCAUUGUUUGGAUAUGUUUUAUAGUCCUCUACCUUUGUGGAGCAUUUGUCCUUUCCUUUGGCAUUCUUUUCCUCUGGAUAAGAUCCAGUGAUACAUGUGCAGUUGCCUUAUGCCUCAGUGUCCCCAACUGGACCAAGGGACACGGGUCCUGCAUGCUUGCACUGUCAGGGUUCUUCUACAGGGCCUGACAGGUCUCCAAAUCGUGUAGUGAGUCCAGUUCUAAGGCAUAUAGAACUCUUAAAGUCUGUGUCUGACACUAGAUAUCUACUUAGCCAGGAUAUCUGUCCCAGUAAUUCAUACAACUGUUUCUCCAGUUUAUUCUGAAAAGUGGUAGAUGUGUCA